GGGGCUGCGGUGGGCGGCCACUCGCCCGGGGAGCGCCAGCCGGGCUGGCAGGCAGGCAGGCACCGACUCCCUCGCGCCCGUGUCCGGGGCGCUGCUGCCGCCGCCGCCGCCGCUGGUGCCGGGCGAUGCCUCCUCCCGGGGGGCGGCUGCCGCUGCUGGCCACGCCGGUGUCCCCGUGGGAGCGGGCGGCGGUGCUGGGCUCGUGCGCGCUCUCGGCGGCGGGCUCGGGGCUGCUGGUGGCGACGCACGCCCGGUGGCCGGAGCUGCGGACCCGCCCGCGGCAGCUGCUGCUGUGGCUCUCGCUGGCCGACCUGCUCUCGGCCGCCGCCUACUUCUACGGGGCGCUGCGGGCCUUCCGCGGGCCCUCGUGGGACUGCGUGGCGCAGGGCGCGCUCUCCUCCUUCGCCAACACCAGCGCCUUCUUCUGGACCGUGGCCGUCGCCCUCGAGCUCUACCUGGCCAUCGUGCGCGGCGCCCCCGCCCGCCCCGCCCUCCUCGCGCUCUUCCACGCCCUCAGCUGGGGAGUUCCUCUUGUUAUCACGGCGGUGGCGGUGGCCCUGAAGAAGAUUGGGUACGAUGCUUCCGACGUCUCUGUCGGCUGGUGCUGGAUUGAUAUCGAGGCGAAGGAUCGGGUCCUUUGGAUGCUACUAGCAGGGAAGCUGUGGGAAAUCCUGGCUUACUUUACCUUGCCCGUCUUCUACAUCCUUAUCAGGAAGCACAUCAACCGAGCGCACGCAGCCCUCUCCGAAUAUCGACCCAUUUUGUCAAGAACCACGGCUUUCCAGCCACGAACCUCGGUAGCAGACAAGAAAUUAAUCCUGAUCCCGUUGAUUUUCAUCCUCCUCCGCAUCUGGAGCACCGUUCGAUUUGUGCUGACGCUCUGCGAUUCCCCUGCGGUUCAAAAUCCAGUUCUAGUGGUCCUUCAUGGCAUUGGGAACACAUUCCAAGGAGGCGCCAACUGUAUUAUGUUUGUAUUUUGCACCCGAGUGGUCCGGAACAAGCUCUUUUCUUGCCUCUGCUGCCAACGAUACGACAGCCAGGAUCCUUCUCUUCCUAGCCCGGAGAACGGCCAUCAGAAUCACGUGACGUUCCCCAAGGACUGGGAAUCACAAGACAGCAAAUGGGACACAGCAGAAUUUUCAAGUACCUGAGCUUCAGAAUUAUGCUCCUCUUAAAGAAGAACGUGGCCUUACCCAGUAGGGAAUUCAACUGUGGGUACUAGAAAUGCUGCCGCAUGCCCACACUGGGAGCUAACUGCCUCCAAAAAUGCAGCAGGCAUUUUUCAGAUCCUUCAUGGACAGUAAUCACAAUACUGUGAUGAAAACCUUCCUCUGAGAAAUCCAGUUGGUCAGCGUGCUUUAUCUCACAGGCAUCUUGGAAGAGGAUUAUCGUGCAGGUUCCAGCUUCCGAUUUUAAUUUGAAAGGUUUGGGUUGUUGCUUUGGGUUUUGGUUUGUUUUGUUUUUUAAAAAAAAACAUGGGAUGCAGGAGUUAUAUUUUUAAGAAGGGCAUUUUAGGAUCAGAUGGGAAGGCAAGUGUGCAUUUAAAAAUAUCUAAUAAGGGAUUAAGCAGCUCUGAAAUGGCAUUGAGGGUUUUUUUAAACAUUUAGUAACUUUUCUAUCUAGUAUCACUGGUUUAUUCAGAAGAUUCUCUAAUGAAACUGUCUUGAAAAAGAGCAAAUGAUGUAGCGACAAGCCUGAAUACAAUAUAAAUCAAUGAACUGGUGUAACCCUCAUAUUGGGGGCCUGUACCACCUCAGGUAUUCACAUAGGAGAAGUGAUAUAUUGGAAAGGUGACCUGGGAUUCCAUUCUGGGGUUUACCGUCGUAUCGUGUGCAAGACAUAAGUCCUGUGUUGUGCCUUUUUACAUUAAUGAGGAAGGAAUACUGUAAAAAUGAAAACUCUCCAAACUAUUUGUGUGCAGAUGGUUUUUUAAAAUCAGAAUCAAGCUAGCGAGGCUCAUUUUGACUUACCCUUGACAGGUUUUGUAUUGUUGCCUUUUCUCGAGUUCGUUUUGUGUGUUUUUUAGCGAAAUAAUAAAACUUAUCAGUUUGAUGAUGA